UUUCCUGCUAGGCUGGGAAGUUCCCAGCCUUCCCACAAAUCAGCUGCAGCAGCGGGCCUUCCUCCUGCCCUGCCUGGCCUGGGUGCCACGGUGCCUCAACCCAGGUGCUCUUGUUGGGCAGCCACUCACAUUGCCUGCAGGACCAGGCCAGCCUCCCCUGGAACAUGCUGGAAGAGCUCACAGGAAUGAGGAGUCUCAGGAACGCAAGUGGACCUCAGUCAAGAUGCCGCCACUGGGACCCCCUGAGAGGGCCUGGUUUCUGGACACUCAGAGUUGGCUGUGACAAAGCGCUUGGGGAGCCACACCGUCUCCCCACACACACGGACCCUCUUGGCUCCUGUGAGGAAGAGGCUCAGGAGCCUGGGCAGGACCAGCUGCGCUGCAGCUAUGGACCGUGAGCUGGCCCAGCCGGCGUCCUUGCUGACCCUGCCCAACUGCAGCCAUGCUUACUAUGGGCUCCUUGGUGUACAUCACAGUGGAGCUGGCCAUCGCCGUGCUGGCCGUGCUGGGCAAUGUGCUAGUGUGCUGGGCCGUGUGGCUCAACAGCAACCUGCAGAACGUCACCAACUACUUCGUGGUGUCACUGGCAGCGGCCGACAUCGCUGUGGGGGUCCUUGCCAUCCCCUUCGCCAUCACCAUCAGCACAGGGUUCUGCGCCGCCUGCCAUGGCUGUCUUUUCAUCGCCUGCUUUGUCCUGGUCCUCACGCAGAGCUCCAUCUUCAGCCUCCUGGCCAUCGCCAUUGACCGCUAUAUUGCCAUCCGCAUCCCACUCAGGUACAAUGGCUUGGUGACUGGCACGAGGGCCAAGGGCAUCAUUGGAGUCUGCUGGGUGCUGUCAUUUGCCAUCGGCCUGACUCCCAUGCUGGGCUGGAACAACUGCAGUCCGCUGAAGGAGGACAAAAAUGGCUCGAAGACCUGCCCAGAGGGCCGGGUGGCCUGCCUCUUUGAGUAUGUGGUCCCCAUGAACUACAUGGUGUACUACAACUUCUUUGCUUGUGUCCUGGUGCCCCUGCUGCUCAUGCUGGGCAUAUACUUGCGGAUCUUCCUGGCAGCCCGGCGACAGCUGAAGCAAAUGGAGAGCCAGCCUCUGCCAGGGGAGCGGACUCGAUCUACACUACAAAAGGAGGUCCAUGCUGCCAAAUCACUGGCCAUCAUUGUGGGGCUCUUUGCCCUCUGCUGGCUACCCCUGCACAUCAUCAACUGUUUCACCUUCUUCUGCCCAAGGUGCAAGCACGCCCCGACCUGGCUCAUGUAUCUGGCCAUCAUCCUCUCCCACACCAACUCCGUUGUGAACCCCUUCAUCUAUGCCUACCGCAUCCGAGAGUUCCGCCAGACCUUCCGCAAGAUCAUCCGCAGCCACAUUCUGAGACGGCAGGAGCUCUUCAAGGCCGGGGGCACCAGUGCCCGGGCCUUGGCUGCUCACGGCAGUGAUGGAGAGCAGAUCAGCCUCCGUCUCAACGGCCACCCUCCCGGGGUGUGGGCCAAUGGCAAUGCCCCCCACCCUGGGCGGAGGCCCAAUGGCUAUGCCCCGGGGCUGGUGGGUGGCGGGAGCGCUGGUGAGUCUCAUGGGGACAUGAACCUCCCGGAUGUGGAACUCCUUAGCCAUGAGCUCAAGGGCGAGUGUCCAGAGCCCCCUGGCCUUGAGGGCUCCCUGGCUGGAGCAGGAGUGUCUUGAUCUACUGAGUUAGUCCCUUCCUGAGGGAAGGAAAUCUUUCUUCUUCUGGUUGGUGGAACCAGUCAUUAAAAGAGUGAGUCUGCCAGGAGACCCUUCUGGUGGCCGGUUCCUGCUUUGGACUGAGAGGCGGAAACCGCAGCUGGAGCAGCAUGAGGUCCAGCAAAAAGGGUUUGGAGUCUGAGAAAGUGGACGUUUCAUGCUGAGAAGCCCUGCACCAAGCCAGAGCCAGAGCACCAGCAGGCUGAGCAGGGCCCAGUCCCCCACUCCAGAAGCACCUAGAAGUACCACCUUGUCUCCACAGAGAAGGCUGUGGCAGAGCAGGCAGGCCUGUUCCUGAGACUGAAGAGGGGCUCCAGCAAGCCCCCUUAUACACAUACAGACACCACCCUCCACUGACCUUCCUGGAGUUUGGGCACAGCUGUACCCAGAGGUGGAGUUUGACUAUAUUUUUUUCAGGAGAAAAUGUAUUUUGUUUUAUUAUCUCCCUGGCCUCCUGGUCUGUUGUCUUGCUGCUACCUGGCACCAGGAGUCGGCCCAGGGAGGCCUAAGCAGCCCUCUCCCACUGCCAUGAGCGGCCACGCACUCCCGCUGUCGGUCCCAGAGCCAGCUCUCAGGGCAGCAAGGGCGUGAGGAGCGGGAGCUGUAACGGAGCGGAGCGACUCCGGAGCGUGGGCUCAGAGGAGGUGGUCGGAACUGACUGACCAUGAGGUGUGCGUGGGCGGCUCUGGGCUGCCCAGGCAGAGGCCCUGUAAAACUGCCUUGCCUUCUGUAGGGAAUGUUGUUUUUUUCUGAGAUACAAUAAAAAUGAGCCACAUUGUGUUUUAAGCCCGUCCAAUUAGAAUGGUGUCUGAGUUCCUUUUCUUCCUCCAUUGCCAGGCCUGGCACACAUAAAUAGGUGUGUGCAACUAUAUGAGUGUGCGUGUAUAUAUGAAGACAGACACUCUGUCUACUAGGGGGUGAGGUCCCCCUCUAGCCUGAGGCAUCCCCACAGUGUGGGAACCAGGCUUUUCCCUCAUUACCCUUCCAGAGCUGUGCCCCCACCUCCCACUGCCCCGCUCUACUGCCCUCUGCUGAGAAGCCAU